GACUGAGAGACUGAUAACUACAGCUCAGUCCCAGAGAUGAAAACAAACAGCGGAUGUAGAGUACCUGGAAGUUCUCCUUGAUCCGAUGGGGCGUCGCUGACUUGGGGACAACAAGCAUGUUCCUGUCGAUGCUGAACCGGAUGAGAACCUGGGAAAUCUGAAAAGCUUGGCUGUAAAAAGGAAAGAGGAACUUUUGCUAGACUUUUCCCACCUGUGCUGGAGUCUUGUUGUGCCUUUUCGCGAUGUCCUUGAUCCGAGGCUCGUCCAGCAGAGAGGGAUCAUCGGACGAAACCCUUUUCUGCCAUUCCCCCUCACAGCUGCCUUCCUGUUGUCGCAGUACGCUCUCUACUGGAGUCAAUCUGAAACAGCAAGUUGGCAACAAGGACUGAACGAUGGUAACUAUCUUGAUGACAGAACGGAAUAAACGUCAUAUCCGCUGAGUGCUACAACCCGGAAGUGGCUGUUCACGGGCUGGUUUCAGGUUUGUGUUUUGAAAAAUGUUAGCAACAAACGUGUUUAUGUGAAGCGCUUUCAUGCAGUUUCUCAGCAGAUAUGCCCCGUUACUGCGCCGUGAAGGUGUGCAGAAACCGCGGGGGAACUACACCCAGACCACACAACAAGAGAAUCAGCUUCUACCCGUUUCCCUUACAAGACAAGACCAGGCUGCAGAAAUGGGUGGACAACAUGAAGCGGGAAGAAUGGGCCCCGAGUCGCCAUCAGUACCUGUGCAGCGAGCAUUUUACAGAGGACUGCUUCGAUAUCCGAUGGGGCAUCCGCUACCUGAAGAACACAGCCAUCCCGACUGAAUUUCCCUCCAGUGGGGAUGAUGCAGAGACAAAGGUUACCACCAUUAAAAGAAGCCCGAAGGCCAAACGCAAGACUUUAGAUAUUGACACUGAAACCAAAGGAUUUGACUCUCCUCUCAGCAUUAAGCCACUCAUUUUGAGUAGAACAUGCAACAAGGUCCAGUCAAAUACAACAAACGGCAUUGAAGCUGAGCACACUGGGAUGAUAUUCGAAUCGCCUCUGGUGUCGGACACUUGCAUCUCCUGUCCUUCAAACGAGACACAAACUGCUGCUGCUGGUGAGUUACCAGGUGACAGUGGCACGCCGAAAGCAUCGUGCCUCACACUGUCCCGACACGAUGAGCCUCAUCCUGAAGAGCAGGCUCCCUCCAUUGUGACUGUGUUGCGCUGCGAGUCACUGGGCCCUUUCUCAGAAGGAGAGGAACAUGUGGACGCAGCUGCCCUCCAAACCGCUCUGGGCCAGGCUUUUAGCUUCGUCCCUGUGGAAAUAGUCAUGGACCAAACCAACGCUUGCUUUUCAGAGGAGAGACCCAGCUAUUUCGAGCACAUUUCUGUUUACGAGCACUCGUACUGCAGGCCGGACACGGACAAGGAUCAGCUGUGGCAAAAGAUCUUGAGUUUGCAUGCAAAGAUCUUGGAAUUGGACGAAAGGGAAGUGAGCACCAUGGACAAGAUCCGUGCUCUGGAGACAGAGGUAGCUCUCCUGAAGAAGACGGUGGCGUUUUUAAAGAGAAGCAGAACAUUUUAGAAGAUUAUAUCUCAUCCAUGCUGCUCUGACGAGCGUGGGUUUCAAUUGUUACCAUUGAGCGACUUGCUGAUAUUACAGGGGUGGAUUCAAACUAAGCACACAAACUCAAGUUUUGUACAUUAGCAUCAUUUUUAAGGUACUUGUACUUUGAGUAUUUCCAUUUUCUGCUACUUUAUACUACCAUAAAAUAUAAAUAAAGUAAUGCAUGAUGGGGAAUUCUUAUAGAUUGAAAUGUCCUUCAAUAUUAUUCUGCUUACAACAGAAUUCAUAAAUAACUAUAAUCCAUCA